CCUCCCGCCGGGACCCGGGUGACCCUCCGGGCCCAGCUUGCAGGGGCGGGCGGGGCCGCCAUGCUCCUGUCCGGGGGCGACCCUCCGGCGCAGGAAUGGUUCAUGGUGCAGACCAAGUCCAAGCCCCGGGUGCAGCGGCAGCGGCUGCAAGUGCAGCGCAUCUUCAGGGUCAAGCUGAACGCCUUCCAGAGCCGCCCAGACACCCCCUACUUCUGGCUGCAGCUCGAGGGGCCCAAGGAGAACAUGAGCAAAGCCAAGGAGUAUCUGAAGGGCCUGUGCAGUCCGGAGCUGUGGAAGGAGGUUCGCUACCCGCAGGCCCUGCACUGCGCCUUCCUUGGGGCCCAGGGCCUCUUUCUCGACUGUCUCUGCUGGAGCACCCUGGCCUACCUGGUGCCUGGUCCCCCCGGCUCCCUGAUGGUCGGGGGGCUGACGGAGUCUUUCAUCAUGACCCAGAACUGGCUGGAAGAGCUGGUGGGGAGGCUGCGCUGGGGCCCUGCCGCUCUGCUCACCCCUCGGGGGAUCUGGGAGGCUGAGGUGACCAGGGCGUUCGGGGCCCUGGUCUGGAUCCGUGGUGACCAGUACGCAGGGGAUCUGCUGCAGCUGCCCCCAGCGGUCCAAGAGCUGCUGCUGAGCCUGGUGCGGGAUGCUGCGGGCAAGGAAGACAUCAUCGAGUGGCUUGGCCGCAUUGGCACCUCUGAGUCCCGCUCUGACCCCGAGGUCCUGAUCUGCCCUCCCCACCAGCAGAAGGAAGGCCCGGCUAUGGUGUCUGUGGGAGACGGUCCUGGGCCCUUCCUGGAGGUGGGGGCCUUCCAGAACAAGAGUCUAGAACACUCAAAGAGAUUGACCAGCCUGGGAGCCACCAGGGCCCUGGUCUCGGGCACCCCAGGCCAGAACAUACAGCAGGAAACAACCAACCAGCUGGUACGAGUCGAUUCCAACAGCCAUGGUGGUACGGACAGCCCUCGAGAGGAAGGCCCAGCGCGUGCCACCGGCAGCCAGGACUCUGCAAACCACACACAGGCCCUGUCCCAGCCAAGGCAGGGCCUGAGAGUGGAAGACAAACUCCCCUUCCAGCCUCCUGUGUCAGCCCUGGGUGUGUGCCCACCCUGGAAGGCCUGGACCCCAGGGCCAGCCUUUGGGCCCUUGUGGCCGGGUGCCAUUGCCGCCACCUUCUGGAGGAUCAAUGAGCUGCACUCCCUCCACCUGGCUUGGCUGCUGUCCCAGGCGUGCUUCAGUUUCCCCUUCUGGCAGAGGCCACUGGGCCCCAUUCAGUUCAAGCUGCCAGGCCAGAACCCUUUGCCCUUAAAUCUCGAGUGGAAGCAGAAGGAGCUGGUUCCUUUGCCCAGCAUGGGAAGCCCAGACUGCAGACCAGAUGGGGGACCAGGAGGAGAUGCAGCCCUACAGAGUUGCCCAAGGCCAGAGACCCCCCAGAAGGUCAUGAGUUUAUUGGUGGUCUCAGGGGCCUCAGUAAAGGACAAGACCAGCCCAGGACUUCCACAGAUAGGGCCACCCUUGACCUCUGUACCCCAGCUGCAAACUGGAAGUGAGCCAGGGGAUCAAGGAAGCCUGCAGUGGGAUUGUAAGGGGCCAGAAGAGGGGCCCUUUCCAGCACUGCCAAUUGAGCAAGGAGUGUCUACACCUCAGGGGAGGCCCGUGGCUCAAGGGGGGCUGACCCCUCAGUCAGUACCCGAUGCUCAAACAGUGCCUGAAACUCUCGAAGUGCCCAUGGCUGCAGCAGUGCCCACAGCUCAAACCCCACCCGCAGAUCAAGGGCUGUCUGCAGUCCCCAAAGUGCCUACAGCUCAGACGACGCUGGCAGUCCACACAGAACCUGCAGCUCUCGAAGUGCCUUCGGCUACAACAAAGCCAGCAGCUCAAGGGGUGCCCACAACUCAGAAGGCAGCCGAGGGUCUGCCGGUAUCAGCAGCUCCCGUGGUACCUGCAACUCCAAAAGCUUCCGCAGCUCAGAAAACGUCUGCGGCAAAAUCAUUACCUGUAGGGCCCCAAACACCCAAAGCUCAAACUGGGCCUGCAGCUAAAACAGGGUCUGUCGCCCCCAAAGCACCUGCCGCCCCCAAAGCACCUGCCACCCCCAAAGCACCUGCUGCCCCCAAAGCACCUGCUGCCCCCAAGGCCUCCAAAGCUCCCAAAACACCUGCAGCUCAGAAGACUCCCACAGAUCCAGGGCCAGUCUUGGAUGCGGCCAAACUGAGCGAAGGCCAGCCUUCGUCAAGGGGUGGUGCCUCUUUCCCAAAGGGCCAGGGGGAGGCUGAGAGGCAGGGUCCCCAUUCUGGCAGCACCUUUGCUCCCAGUAGUAAGCACCCACCUCAGAUGGAGGGGCUCCUGGGGGCUCGCGAGGGGACUGCAAGGCAGCAGCCUCGCCACCCACAGGCAAACAGCACAGUGACCAGCUUCCAGAGGUACCACGAGGCCCUGAACACACCUUUUGAGCUGAACCUGUCAGGGGAACCCGGGAACCAGGGGUUGCGGCGAGUGGUCAUUGAUGGCAGCAGUGUGGCCAUGGUGCAUGGCCUCCAGCACUUCUUCUCCUGCCGUGGCAUUGCCAUGGCGGUUCAGUAUUUCUGGAACCGGGGCCACCGAGAGGUCACUGUGUUCGUACCUACCUGGCAGCUGAAGAAGAACCGGAGGGUGAGAGAGAGCCACUUCCUGACGAAGCUGCACUCCCUCAAGAUGCUUUCCAUUACCCCCUCCCAGCUUGAGAAUGGCAAGAAGAUCACCACCUACGAUUAUAGGUUCAUGGUAAAGCUGGCAGAGGAGACGGAUGGCAUCAUCGUCACCAAUGAGCAGCUCCAUAUCCUGAUGAAUAAUUCCAAGAAACUGAUGGUGAAAGAUCGCCUGCUGCCCUUCACGUUUGCGGGGAAUCUUUUCAUGGUGCCAGAUGACCCCCUGGGCCGUGACGGCCCCACCUUAGACGAGUUUCUGAAGAAGCCAAACAGGCUAGACACCGAUGUUGGCAACUUCCUGAAGGUGUGGAAGACGCUUCCUCCCAGUUUGGCCAGCGCCUCUGAGCCGAGUGAUGGUGCUGACCCUGUACCUGUGGAGAGUCUGCAGAACACAGAGGAAGUCAGGGCGGAGAAGGAGGAGAGGCAGCAGGACGGGGAGCAGAGGGAGGGGCAGGGGGUGCGGGAGCCACCUGAAGAAGAUGCCCUGGACUCCUCCCUGGCAUCAGUGUUCAGGGCCGAGUGCCCUUCCCUAUCAGAGGAAAUUCUCCGGUGCCUCAGCCUCCAGGAUCCCCCCGACGGGGCCCUGGAUAUCGAUCUCCUGCCGGCACCGGCUUCCCCCUAUCUGGGCAUCCCCUGGGACGGGAAGGCUCCCUGUCAGCAGGUGCUGGCCCAGCUGGCCCAGCUGACCAUCCCCAGCAACUUCACUGCGCUCUCCUUCUUUGUGGGGUUCAUGGACUCCCACCGGGAUGUCAUCCCUGACUAUGAAGCUCUCGUGGGGCCCCUGCACAGCCUCCUCAAGCAGAAGCCAGACUGGCAGUGGGACUGGGAGCAUGAGAAGGCCUUCCUGGCUCUGAAGCGAGCCCUCGUGUCUGCCCUCUGUCUGACGGCCCCCAACGCCCAGUUGCCCUUCCGCUUGGAGGUGACCGUGAGCCAGGUGGCCCUAACGGCUGUUGUCUAUCAGGAGCACUCAGGGAGGAAGCACCCCAUAGCCUAUACCUCAAAACCCCUCCUCCCUGACGAGGAGAGUGAGGGCCCCCAGUCGGGGGGAGACAGCCCCUACGCUGUGGCCUGGGCCCUCAAACAUUUUUCCCGCUGCAUUGGAGACACCCCCGUGGUCCUGGACCUUUCCUACGCCUCUAGGACCGCUGUGGGUCCCGAGAUGCGGGAGGGCCGCAGGGUUUCCAAAGCGUGGUUGAUCCGAUGGUCCCUUCUGGUGCAGGACAAAGGCAAGAGGGCGCUGGAAUUGACCCUCCUCCAGGGCCUGCUCGGAGAAAACCGACUGCUGACGCCCGCCUCCUCCAUGCCUCGCUUUUUCCAGGUUCUGCCUCCUUUUUCCGACCUGUCCACUUUCGUCUGCAUCCACAUGUCGGGCUAUUGCUUUUACCGGGAGGAUGAGUGGUGCGCGGGCUUCGGCCUCUAUGUGCUGUCCCCCACCAGUGCCCCCGUCUCCCUCUCCUUCUCUUGCUCCCCUUACACCCCAACCUACGCCCACCUGGCGGCCGUGGCCUGUGGCCUGGAGCGCUUUGGGCAGUCCCCCCUCCCCGUGGUUUUCCUCACACACUGCAACUGGAUCUUCAGCCUCCUGUGGGAGCUCCUGCCCCUGUGGCAGGCUCGAGGCUUCCUCUCCUCGGACGGCGCCCCGCUACCUCACCCAGGCCUGCUCUCCUACAUCAUAUCGCUCACCUCUGGCCUCUCGUCCCUCCCGUUUAUCUACCGAACCUCCUACCGGGGCUCCCUGUUUGCUGUGACGGUGGACACAUUGGCCAAGCAGGGUGCGCAGGGUGGUGGGCAGUGGUGGAACCUUCCAAAGGAUGUGCCCGUCCCCGCAGUGUCCCCCCACACCAUGGGCCAGCGGCCCGACUUGCUGGCCUUACAGCGCAGUGACAGCACACUGGCUGAGAUUAUUGCCAAGCUGCGGGCCGGGCAGAAAUUGCCUGGCUCCUCCCCCUUCAGCUCCGUCUUUAACUCACUCAGCCUCGACCAGGAGAGCGGCUUGCUCAUGUUCAAGGGGGAGAAGAGGCCCCGGGUCUGGGUGGUCCCAAGGCAACUCCGGAGGGACCUGAUUUUCUCUGUGCACGACCUUCCCCUGGGCGCCCACCAGAGGCCCGAGGAGACCUACCGGAAGCUGCGUCUGCUGGGGUGGUGGCCUGGGAUGCAGGAGCACGUGAGGGACUACUGCCGGAGCUGCCUGUUCUGCAUCCCCCGAAACGUCACGGGCGGCGAGUUGAAGGUGAUCGAGUCCCCGUGGCCCCUCCGGUCCACUGCCCCCUGGUCCACCCUGCAGAUCGAGGUGGUGGGCCCGGUCACCGUAAGCGAGGAGGGCCACAAGCAUGUGCUGAUCGUGGCUGACCCCCACACCAGGUGGGUGGAGGCGUUCCCACUGAAGCCCUACACACACACAGCGGUGGCACAGGUGCUGCUGCAGCACGUGUUUGCCAGGUGGGGCGUUCCCGUGAGGCUGGAGGCGGCCCAGGGCCCCCAGUUCGCGCGGCACGUCUUGGUGAGCUGCGGGCUGGCCCUGGGAGCCCAGGCGGCGUCCCUGAGCCGGGACCUUCAGUUCCCCUGCUUGACCAGCUCAGACGCCUACUGGGAAUUCAAGAGGGCCCUCAAGGAGUUCAUCUUCCUGCAUGGCAAGAGGUGGGCUGCGUCCUUGCCCUUGCUGCACCUGGCCUUUAGGGCCUCCUCCACCCAGGCCACGCCGGUCCAGAUCCUGACUGGGGGCGACGUGAGGCUGAGCGAGCCCCUGUGGUGGGAGAUGAGCAGCGCCAAUAUUGAAGGGCUCAAGAUGGACGUGUUCCUGCUGCGGCUGCUCGGGGAGCUGCUGGAGCUGCACUGGCGGGUGGCCGAAAAGGCUAGUGACAAGGCAGAGAACAGGCGUUUCAAGCGGGAGAGUCAGGAGAAGGAGUGGAAUGUGGGUGAUCAGGUCCUUCUGCUGUCCCUUCCCAGGAAUGGCAGCAGUGCCAAAUGGGUGGGCCCCUUCUACAUUGGGGACCGGCUGAGCCUGUCCCUCUACAGAGUCUGGGGCUUCCCAACUCCGGAGAAGCUUGGGUGCAUCUACCCCAGCAGUCUGAUGAAGGCCUUCGCCAAGAGUGGCACGCCUCUGUCCUUCAAGGUCUUGGAGCAAUGACCUGGUCCGAGGUCCUGGGCUUUUGCUGCUAGGCCUACCCCAUCCCCGGGAAGUGGUCUCAUGGUCCCCUGAGAGCCUUGGUUGUGCCUUCUGUGGAGAAGUUAGUUCACAAAGCUUUGCUGAAUUGCCUUGAAGUGGCGGGGGGGGGGGGGGGGGGGGCAGUGUCCCUACAGAGACCUCCCCAGUUGGGGGUAUUGGGAGCAUCUGUCAAAGGCUGUGAGAUAGAGGCCUCUGGCAGUUUCACCUUGGGGUAAGGGUAGUCCUGGCUCAGUGUCUUUCCCCAAGCAUCCCCUUCGUCCUGUCACACGGGUGGAGGUAUCUUACACAUACUUCCCAGAACUUUACUUCUGGUGUGGCUCUGGGCCUCAAAGUCGGAACUACAUUCCCUCCUUCAAUGUGGACUCUUUACCUGAACUGUUCAUUGGGGGACCUUUUGCCCUUCAAGGUGUCACAGCUGACACAAAUUCAUGAGUUUGUCACAGCCCAUCCUGCAUCCUGUAGCUGCUGUCCUCAGGCCAGGGUUGGCCUGCCCUGAUGCCAAAGAGGGGCUGGCAGUUCUGGGCCUGAGGCUUGUAGCUGGGGUAAGAGUAGGGCCUGCCACAUAGAGCAUCCUGCUUGUCAGCAGGGGAAGGGCAAGGGGAGACAGCCUACCUCAGUUGGCUCCAGCCCAUGGAGACCAGUCCCCAUCCCCUGCUUCAGUGGCAUCAACCAUACAGAAAUCAAGGAUCUCAAUGCCGAGCAUGGCAUCUUAACAAGCUACUUCAGCUGGACCGAGGGGCCCAGGCCUCUGUUUCAAGGGAACAGGGCAUCUAAAAUGAACAGUCUGGCAUGGCUCUACCUCCCAACCCCACCCCAAAGCCCACGCCCUCUUUUCUCCCCGUGUCUACUGUAGCCUGCAUCCCCAGACCCCGCAGUGUGUGACUGCUUCUGUUGGAUCACCCCAUCCCCUGCACCUGCCUUCUGCGUAGAGCAAGACCCAGCUCCCUCAGAGCCAGUCUCUGCAGAGAUUAUCUUGUAGGGAGAGUGAAUUUCUCAUAGGCAUGUGUGGUUACGCUUACUCCUGUGAGUUGCUGAUGCUGCCACCGACAGAGUAGUUCCAGGUGGAGGCUGGCACGCCGUGUCACUCUGGCGGGGCCUCUAAGUAGUUUAUUUCUACAAAGUGGAGCCAGUCUGCUGGCCCAGCCCGGGCUGCCAACGAACUGGGCAUUGCUAGAGCUAGGCGUAGCCUUCCAUUGCGUUCAAUCUGUGUUUUGCAGCCAAGGGAAGAGGCCCAGAGGAGGAAGUGAUGUGCCCAAAGUCACAGCUAGUUGGUGGCUGAGUUGGAACCAGGUUUAAGCUUCCUGACUCUAGGUUCACUUUAAACAGGGUUCUGGCAACACGUUCAAGGGAGAUAAUCCUUCAGAAUCCCCUCCCAAUUCCCCACCUCCCAACUCUUGUAGACAAACUGCUUCGAUGUUGCCCUUAAACCAUUUCCAGGUAUUCAUUCUGUCCCGGAGAGAAUGAUUGGGUGACAGCUGAGAGAUGGAAAAGUGAGCUGUGGGAUUGUUAGCAGGUACCUUUUUUCUUUUCCCUCAGCUCCCCAGCUUCUCUAACUUCCUCCCUGCAAUUGUAUGCCACCUCCUCCCUCUCCCCUUCCCCUACCCCAACUGUUAACCACGUACGUUUAUGACCUUAUACCCUUUUAUAUGAUUUUUUUUCAUUCGAUUUGUCAAUAAAUGGAUCCAAACGGA